AUGUCGUUAUCGCUAAGUGACGCGACGACGUUGCGGCUGGGUGAUGCGACGACGUUGCGGCUGGGUGACGCGACGACGUUGCGGCUGGGUGACGCGACGACGUUGCGGCUGGGUGACGCGACGACGUUGUGGCUGGGUGACGCGACGACGUUGCGGCUGGGUGACGCGACGACGUUGCGGCUGGGUGACGCGACGACGUUGCGGCUGGGCAACCAAGCUCUGACGGAAGGUGUUGUAGUUUUACUCGCUGGUGAUUUGAGGCAGACACUACCCGUUAUGGAGAGGGGUACACCGGCAGACGAGAUGAUUGCAUGA